CAGGCGCGUCGUGUGCAGGCGCUAGCCGCCCAGCUGGGCGCCCCACCGAGCAGCGAAAGCAAAACGCUGAUGAUGCAGCACACGGCGGCCCAGCAGCCUGACGAGCACCAGUACAGCGUCGUGCUGCCCGAGGCGCUCACUACCAACCAGUGGGUCGUGCGCAGGCAGGUGAACGCGCUCAGCCCGCAGCGCCUGGUGGACACCUUCCCUGCGCCUCAUGACGACAUCUUCACCCUCUAUGACAACCUAGAGAGCUCCAUCGCCGAGUUUGGCGACAGCCCCUACCUGGGCCACCGCACCAGCGACGCCAAGGGCCAGCCGGGGCCGUACGUUUGGCAGAGCUAUGCGGAGGUUGGGGAGGUCCGCAGCGCCAUUGGCUCCGGCAUGCAGCACUUGGGCAUCCAGCCCGGCAGCGGCGUGGGUCUCUACUCAGUCAACACGCCCGAGUGGUGUCUGGUGGACGCCGCCUGCCACGCGUACAGCCUGGUCAGCGUACCGCUGUACGAUACGCUGGGCCCCGACACCGUUAAGUACAUCUGCAACCACGCUGAGCUGGCGGCGGUGGCCUGCUCGCUGGAGGUGCUGGGCAAGCUGCUGGAGGUGCUGCACGAGUGCCCCACCGUGCGCCUGUUGAUUGUGUACGGCACGCGGCCGCACCAGCGCCUGCCCGACGUGCCCGCCGCCCCUCACUGCAAGAUCAUGACCCUGGACCGAGUGCGGGCGCUGGGGUACAAGCACCCGCGGCCGCACCACCCGCCCAAGCCUUCUGAUGUGGCGCUCAUCAACUACACCAGCGGCACCACGGGGGUGCCCAAGGGCGCGGUGCUGACGCACAGCAGCAUCAUCGCAAACGCGGAGAGUUGCGCCUCGUGCUGUGAAAUGCUGACCUGGCACCUCCCCCGCAGCUACCUGCCCCUGGCCCACAUUUACGAGCGCUUCAACUUCACCCUGGUCACGCACUACGGCGCCGCGGCGGGCUUCUACAGGCAAGCCCGCUGCUUGUACCGCAGGGGCAACGUGCUGGAGCUGCUGGAGGACAUCCAGGAACUGCGCCCCACCAUCUUCUCCUCGGUGCCGCGCCUGUGGAACCGCAUUUACGACAAGGUCAUGGCGCAGAUCCAGGCCGCCAACCCAGUGUCCCGCGCCCUCUUCAACACCGCCUAUCAGUACAAGCUGGCGGCGCUGCAGCGCGGGGACCUCAGCGGCGGGCGGCUGGGACCCUUCUGGGACCGACUCGUCUUCUCCAAGAUCAAGGCGCGGGUGGGAGGCGAGGUGCGGCUGCUGACCAGCGGCGCCUCACCCAUCUCCCCGGAUGUGUUUGACUUCCUGCGCAUCUGCUUCGGGGCCACGGUGAUCGAGGGGUACGGCAUGACAGAGUCCAGCUGCCUCAUCUCCAUGACGCCACCGGGGGACCCCAGGGCCGGCCACGUGGGACCGCCCUCCCCCGCCUGCGAGGUCAAGCUGGAGGACAUUCCUGAGAUGGGGUACACCAACGCAGACCAGCCGCACCCGCGGGGAGAGAUCUGCGUGCGGGGGCCCAUUGUGUUCCAGGGUUACUAUAAGGAUGAGGCCAACACGCGGGACGCCGUCGACGCACACGGCUGGCUGCACACGGGCGAUGUGGGCACGUGGAUCGAGGGCGGGCGGCUGAAGAUCAUCGACCGGAAAAAGAACAUCUUCAAGCUGGCACAAGGUGAGUACGUGGCGCCGGAGAAGAUAGAGAACGUGUAUGCGCGCUCGCCCUUUGUCAUGCAGUCGUUUGUGUACGGCAACUCGCUGCGGGCACAGCUAGUGGCGGUGGUGAUCCCAGACCCGGAGUACCUGCUGCCCUGGGGCAAAGAGCGGGGGCUGCCCGCUGACCUGGCGCAGCUGUGCCGCACGCCGCAGGCGAGUGGGGUGGUGCAUGCGGUGCUGAAGAGCAUGAUGGAGGAAGGACGGGCGGCUGGGCUCAAGGGCUUUGAGCAGGUGGCUGCCGUGCACCUCCACCCGGACCCGUUCAGCGUGGAGAACGGCAUGAUGACGCCCACCUUCAAGCUCAAGCGCCCGCAGGCGCAGGCGGCGUUCCAGCCUGACAUCGACGAGAUGUAUUCCAAGCUGCCGCAGUUGUGACCCGGUUCUGCACCGCGUGCCAGCCGGGCCGGCGCUUGACGGCACAGACCUGCGCAGCGCUCGCCAUAGCCCGCCUUUCCGUCGGGACCCAACCCCAGUACCUGGUGUGCCCUGCCUGCCACUGUAGCUCUAGUGACUCUCUCUCUGCCUGUGUACAUGUGUUGCCUGUGGCAGGACGGGGUGGCCAGCCAGUUUUGAUGUAGCAGUAGCGCAACCCUCUUCCUUUAGUGAGCCCAAUUUUCCCUGGUGCCACCCUUUUCCCGCCGGGUGCGGCCACGAUGCAUACCCAAAUUUUGAUUACACAUGUAGAGAGCCCCGG